AUGGCGAACACACCUUUCCUGCUAGAAACCAGAUUCAAUUUCAACCCUUUGCUCCAACAGACCUUCCGUUUGUCCCCACUUCGUUCUUUCCCAACCAUAUUGUCGUCUGGAAAUAAUCAUUCUUUCAAACUGAACUACACUCCUUACAAGGGAAUCAAAUAUUCCUCCAAGUUGAGCAUUAAAUGCCUCAUGAGCUCUAAGCCCAAAGGGGAAACUGGAAUCGGUGGAAACACAUGCCCAGAAGAUAACGAUUUGAAAGCAGUUGCUAUUAGCAUGAAAAAUGUCCUGACGGCCUUACAAUUUCCCGCCAUAACUGGAGUUUUAUUGGGUUUGUUAUUUCUUUACGAUCAUCAGUUUGCGCUUGCUGCUUCUGGUGGGCGAAUGGGUGGUAGCUCAUUUUCUUCAUCAUCUACCAAGUCAUCAGUUUCUUCUUCCUCGUCUUCGUCUACACCAUCGAAAUCGUCAUAUCCUUCUUCUUCUUCUUCAUCUUCCUCUUAUAAAAGCUCGAAAUCGUCAUCAUCUUCAACCCCGAAGUCUUCAUCAUAUUCAUCUUCGUCGUCUUCUUCAUCUACAAAGCCUUCCUCAUCGUCUUCUUCUUCUUCCUGGUCGUCUUCCUCUGCAAAACCAGAGACGUCUUCUUCUUCCAGGUCGUCUAAGAAUUCUUCUUCUUGGUCAUCUUCAUAUGAAAGCCCGAAGUCUUCGUCUUCAUAUGAAAGCCCAAAAUCUUCAUCUUCGUAUGAAAUCCCGAAGUCGUCACCUUCGUCUUCUUCUAAAAGGCCAAAUAAGUCAUCAUCUUCGUCUCCAAAUCCAGUCAAGGAUGGUGUAGAGCCAGCGGUUGGAGUUGAUCAAGCGGUUGCAGUUGAGCCAGCCGUUGGAGUUCAACCAACGGUUAGAGUUGAUCCAAUAAUUGCAGGCGCAAUGAUUUUUCUUGCUGUAGGUUUUGUUGCUGCAAUCUUACCACGACCUCUGCUUGCCCAGAAAACAAGUGUUCUGAAGCUUCAGGUUGGAUUGUCGGGUAAUGUUAGAUCGAUGCAAAAGGAUCUCAAUCGGAUUGCUGAGAAAGCUGAUACAUCCUGCCCUGAGGGCUUGAGCUAUAUAUUACAAGAGACAACACGAGUUCUACAACGAUAUCCUGAUUAUUGCAUCUCUGGUUAUUCCUCUAUGGAUGCAAAGAGGAGCAUCGUGGAUGUUGAGACACUAUUUAAUCAACUUUGUAUUGACGAAAGGAGUAAAUUUGAUGAGGAGACUCUGGUCAACGUGAACAACAUCAGAAAGCAAAGUGCAACAACUCAAAGAUCUAAUGACUUCAAUGCUGAGUAUAUUGUGAUUACAAUUGUUGUUGCUGCUGGAGGCAUACAUAAACUGCCGCCCAUAAACAGCAGUGCAAAAUUGAAGGAAGCAUUGCAAAACCUGGCAACUAUCCCUUCAAGCAGCGUUAAGGCUGUUGAGGUGUUAUGGACCCCACAAGAUGAAAAUGACACUCUUACAAAACAAGAAUAUCUUGAAGAUUAUUCGUUGUUGCGCCCUCUGUAGGUAAUAAGCUGUUAUGAAGCUUUCAACAAUUUGUACAUGUUAUUUAUAGGCGAUGAUGAUAAUUGUAUACGCGAAUGUGUGAUUCCAAAUGUUUUUUUUAAACGGCAGGUCACCCCGAGAUUAAAG